AUGAAUUUGUUGUUAUUUUUCAGCUCAUGGGUGGUCUUCCCAAAUUUGUUCGGUUCGAUUGCGUUGAUUAUUGCUCUUCAUGUUAAAGCUCGUGAUGUUCCAAUCAACUAUGUUCUUUUGGCCGCGUUUACAACCGUUCAAGCUUUCACUCUUGGAUGCAUUGGUAAGUUGAAUAUAAAAUUUGAAACAAAUGAAAUCACACAACUUUAUUUCCUUUAAAAAUUUCCCAUUUUUUUCCAGUUUCAAUGUUUGACGCAACCGUCAUCUUCGAAUCCGCUGUCAUAACUUGCCUUGUUGUUGGUGGACUCUUUGCUUUCACCCUCCAAAACAAACGUGAUUUCUCAUCUGGAUAUGCUGCAGCUGGAUCACUUCUCAGUGUCCUUUUGUUGACUUCAAUCUUCCAACUCUUCUUCGUCUCACCAGCCACCAAUUUCCUUAUCAACUUCUUCGGAGCCGGUGUUUUCUGCGUUUUGCUCGUCAUUGAUUUGGAUAUGAUUAUGUACAGAUUCUCACCAGAAGAUUAUAUCUGCGCCUGUGUUGCUCUUUAUUUGGAUAUUCUCAACUUGUUCAUCCGCAUCUUGCAAAUCGUCGCUGAAGCCAACAAGUAA